GAGGUCUGAAGUGAAGGCUUCCCACCAGCUAGACAAACCACCCCUCAGCUACCUUCCAAGUUUAUCCUCUGCUGAGCUUUGCAGUCUACACCUAGGCAGGCCAGCCCAUGGCGACUCCUGGUGAUGUAAAUGAAACUUCAUAUCUGCUGUCUCCCAACAUCUCGGACUGGGAUGGGCAAGUCAUCCCUGACUUCACCUAUGGGCAGGAGGAACUGGCAGUAGAGGGGGUUCAGUGGCCGCAGGUCCCCAGGGCCCUAGACACACAGCCAUGGUCCCGCUUUGACUCUGCCCUCCGUGCUGCCUGGACACAGCGGGUGGAGCUGGGGCUCUUCCGCUACCGCCUGGGCACAUUGCAGACUCAGACCCUGCCUGGUGCCGUGGGGCUUGUGGCUCAGCUGAACGUGGAGCGCGGGGUACAGAGGCGGCGCCCCCAGGACAUCCAGAGUGUGAGGCAGGCCUUUGACCCCCAGCAGUUUAACUUCAGGAAGAUCGGGAGGGGUGAAAUUCUAUUCCGUCUACGCCCUGAGCCCUCCUGUGGCCGCCAGGAUGAGGACAGUGACACCCUGGUGGUGAUCAAUGUGAGUCCCCUGGAGCAUGGACAUGUGUUGCUGGUACCAGAGCCUGCUCUGGGGCUCCCCCAGCGCCUGCUGCCCGGGGCGCUACGGGCCGGGUUGGAGGCUGUGCUGUUGAGUCUGCACCCUGGCUUCCGAGUGGGCUUCAACAGCCUGGGGGGCUUGGCCUCCGUGAACCACCUCCACCUACAUGGCUAUUACCUGGGUCAUAGGCUCCCUGUGGAGCAGGCACCCAGUGUCCCCCUGGACCCCAGGGGCCGUCUGCAUCUCCUCCAGACCCUCCCCGCGCCCGGCUUCCUCUUCUAUGCUAGCAGGCCAGGGCCGGACUUGGAGGCCCUGGUUAGCAGGGUAUGCCGGGCCACGGACUAUCUAAGUGAGCAUGAGAUUGCACAUAAUGUGUUUGUGACCCGCGGAGCUCCACCUGGAGAGGUGUCACCUUCCUCUGUGCUCACUGGGCUGCGAGUCCUUCUGUGGCCCCGGAAGUCCAGCUUUGGAGUAAAGGAAGGCGAGGCUUUCAACGUGGCCCUCUGUGAGCUGGCAGGGCACCUCCCUGUCAAAACCUCCAAGGACUUCAGCAGCCUGACAGAGGCAGCAGCUGUGGCCCUCAUUCAGGACUGCCUGUUGCCCCAGGCCCAGGCGGAGGAGGUUCAGGCCGCCCUCGUGGCCCUGGUGGCCAGAGAAGAGCUCUAGCCCUCCCCGGUGGUGGGAGUGCCGGUCCCCAGGCUGUUCAUUUUCAUGAUUGCCUAGGAUUCUCACGAGUCAGCCUAAGAAGGAUAAAGGAAGCACUGACAGCUGGGCUCUGAAUGGGAGAAAUUGGAAUAAAUUUCAUGAUGUACUUUA